AUGACGCUUCAAAGCAUUUCUGCCGAGAUGGUCGAACAAAUGGGACAAAAUUUGCAAGGCAAUCACGACGUUUUAGGACCAUUGCCGAAGGCCGUCAAGAAGCGUGUGUGCGCUUUGAAGAGCCUUCAAUUGAAGACUAUUGACAUCGAAGCCAAGUUCUAUGAGAGAGUGCAAGCUUUGGAAAUCGAAUUCGAGCAACUUUUCAAGCCAUUGAUGGAAGAGCGCAGAAAAAUUGUUACUGGUGAACGUGAACCGACUGAUGAGGAAGCGAGCGAAAAACUCUUGUACGAAGCUGAUGAUGCUGAGAUUGAAGAUCUCUACAAGAACUCGCUGCCAGACACCGACAAAAAGGGAAUUCCAGACUUCUGGCUCAAUGCUUUGAGAUCGCACGAUAUGAUUAGCGAAACUAUCCAAGAACACGAUGUCCCUAUCCUUUCAUUCCUCACUGAUAUCACAACGACAGCUUCUUUGGACCCACCAAGCUUCACUUUGGAAUUCCACUUUGCUGAGAACCAAUUCUUCAGCAACAAAGUUAUUAAGAAGACUUACGAUUUGGAAAUAAUCCCAACCAAUAACGAAGAGAAAUACCGCUAUGAAGGACCAAGUGUCGUUAGAGCCUAUGCUGAUAAGAUCGAUUGGCUGGAUGGUAAAGAUGUCACCAAGAAGGUCGUUAAGAAGAAGCAAAAGAAGGGUGCUGCUGCCGGAAAAUUCCUGACCAAAACAAUUAAAGCUGACAGUUUCUUCAAUUUCUUCGAUCCUCCAACUGCACCAACAGAUAAAAACGAGGAUGAAGAAUUGGACGAGGAGUCACUGCAAUCGGAUUAUGAGCUCGGACAAACCAUCCGCGAUUCUAUUAUUCCAAGAGCCGUCCUUUUCUACACCGGAGAGUUGCUUACCGACGAGAUGUUCGACUAUGGUGAGGAUGACGAAGAGUAUUCCGGCGACGAGGAUGAAGACAAUUAA